UUCUUACCUUUCAAAUUUCGCACAUUUAAGUAACUAUUUCCGAGUUCCCAGUUGUUCUGAACGCCGCAGAAAAUACUGUAAGGAAGUGGGAAGGAGUGAUCAGUGGAGUGGUGCACUGAGAGCGUUGCGUUGGUUUGUCAGACGCCUCAACUAAUAUAAAAACGUUUUCUUUUUCAGUCCGUAACCAAAAUAUGCGGGCAAAGGGCGUAAUAGUUUUAACACUGUGGCCGAUUGAGAUGAUUAGAGUCUGAGUUUGGAAGACAUCUUUGGGAUUUCAAAAUUGCAUUCCAAGGUAACAAACAGCAUUUGUGGGCAGGUAGGGAAGUAGCCUUCCGGAAGAACUCGCGAUACAGGUUGGCAGUUUGCAUACGGCACUCGUAAAGUAAGUUUUGAAACAAGUUUUUAAUCAAAUACAGAAGGAAAAAUGACGGAUUUUAGAAAAAAGAAGCUGUAUGUCUUCGUGGACGUGCUGUGCGUGGUAGUGGCGGCACUGCCUUUCCUCAUUAUGACAGUCGUUUUCCGGCCCUACCAGAGGGGUGUGUACUGUGACGAUGAGGACAUCAAGUACCCCUUCAAACAUGACACUAUCACCCACGGCCUGCUGGCUGCAGUCACCAUCUCCUGCACCGUUGUCAUCCUAGCAUCAGGAGAGGCCUACCUGGUCUACAGUAAGAGGAUUCACUCUAACUCUGAGUUCAACGGGUAUGUGGCGGCGCUCUACAAGGUGCUAGGUACCUUCCUGUUCGGAGCAGCUGUCAGCCAAUCACUGACAGACCUGGCUAAGUUCACCAUUGGACGCCUGCGGCCCAACUUCAUGGCCGUCUGCAACCCCAAGGUCUGCAAAGGCUACAUGCUGGAUAUCAACUGCACCGGCAACUCUCAUGACGUCACUGAGUCCAGGUUGUCCUUCUACUCCGGCCACUCCUCCUUUGGGAUGUACUGUAUGCUGUUUCUAGCAUUGUAUGUCCAGGCGAGGCUGAGGGCAAAGUGGGCCAGACUCCUCCGACCCACAAUCCAGUUCUUCCUGGUGGCUUUUGCAGUGUACGUGGGCUACACCCGCGUGUCCGAUUACAAGCACCACUGGAGCGACGUUCUGGUGGGCUUCCUCCAAGGCGCUCUCAUUGCCAUCCUCAACGUGCGCCACGUGUCAGACUUAUUCAAGCAGGGUCCUCCCCACUGCUCCAGCCCAGACACGGUCGAGAACGAGGAACUGGAGCGCCGCAAACCCAGCCUGCAGAUUGCAGAUGCAGAUCACAACAACCAUUACAGCUACCCAGGGCCUGUGUGAGAGGGGCCAACCCAGUCAACCACUCUCACAACAAGCUCCCACUAACCACUGGACUGACUGAGGGGGCUGCGCACAUUACCAGAAUCCUCUAUGUCCUGGGUGCACCGGCGCAUGAGUGGGAGAGGACUUUUAUAUUGAGACAUCAUGGUUGAUGUUCACUAGUUUCUUAGUAUAUUCGUCUCAGAAGUUUUUAUGUUGCUUUUUUUAACACAAUAGAUUAGGUAAGAGUACCAAACAUUCAGAUAAGAAAGAAAGACCAUUCUCAGAAGGGAAGAUGUCUAGAUGAGUCCCAUUUUAGUGCACCUUUAGUCAUAUGAGUAAUCUGAACUUCAGUGGGAGUUUGGGAUUGAUAUGUUGAUUGUUUCACCUAUGUGAAAUGGACUGCAGAGAUUUAGAAAUGUUGAUGUUGAUUGUGUAAGCUUGAUAUACCACUAGAUCACAAACAAUCAAUGCAAACGUUUGGCAUGAAGAUUUGAGAAAUUGAAAAUGAGAAAUUCUGCUUUUAGCUAUGCACAUUCUGGCAUCAAUCACUCUAUUUUCUUAAUGAAGAAAUCAAUGUUUUAACAGUAACAUUGCUCCUUUAAGGUAUUUGGAAAGUGCCUAUUAAUUUUUAUUUUAUAGAUUACUUUAUUCACAAGGUCAGAAAUGUAUAUAAUGCCAGCACUGUUAAGGUAUUGUGCAAUCACAAUCACCCCUGUUAGCCACUAUGAGCCACAAAUACUGUAUCUGAUAAUAUUAUGGCAUUUUUAUUUUUUCAAGUAUGUUAUUUUUUCUGUGGCCCAUAUCAAACCAGUGCCUUCUUGGACUAGUGCCCUUUAAGAUUGACACAAAUGGAUCCGAUUCCAAGUUCACAACACAAACCAGAUGCCUUAACAUGAGCCUUUAAGAGUUGUAAUGAAACAGCUUACCAUUCGAGUCAUUUGUGGCAAGCUGGUAUAAUGCUCUAUGCAAAGUUCAAGGAUUUUUCUUUUCUUGUGUGGACUGCUGGGGCUAAUUUGUGAAGAAAUGCUCCUGUACAGUGACUAUGUCAGGCCUGGCCCUGCUUGGCACAGGAGGACUGAUGACAGAUCAGUCAGCUCUGGCAGAGAGAGGCUCACCUCUGGUAGUAAUUGUGAGGCAGAGAGCUGACUCAGAGCUGGCCUGUGACUGUGGAAUGGCAAGGUACUCAGAGGGGCCUCCUGCUAAGACGCACGGACUUCAAGAGAUUUAAAGACUUUUCUUUGAAUUCCAUAAAUGAUAACCACCUGGAGCAGCUUCAGUGAAGUGUUGUUGUUGUGUAACGUCUCACCUGUGUAUUACUGAAUCCCCCAGCCCAAAUUUACCCAUGAAGCAAUAGUAUCACAAUGUUAUGGGGUUUGAGUUUCCUCUAGGUUUCCAUCAUAAAAGGCCCUCCUUUAGCCUUGUUCUGGGUGGUGUGUGUUUCAUAUGUAAUAAUACUAUUCCUGGCCUCCCGGGUGGCGCAUUGGUCUAGGGCACUGCAGCGCUAGACUGGGUUCGUGCCCAGGCUCUGUCGCAGCUGGCCGCGACCGGGAAGUCCGUGGGGCGACGCACAAUUGUCCUAGCGUCG